GAUACAAAAUAUAUGAUGAGUAACAAACUCACACUGGGUUUGCUGCAACUACCCGUAGGCAGGGACGUGGCGGAUAAUGUGCGUCGGGCGCUGGAAAGCAUAACGCAGCUAAAAGCUGACAAUCCACAGCUACAACUGGCCAUAUUACCGGAGAGCUUCAAUGGCCCCUACAGCGUUGAAAAGUUCAGGCGGCAUGCUGAGCCGGUACCGGAUGGCCCCACCUGUCAGGCGCUGUCCAAGCUGGCCAGCAAGCUGGGAAUCUACAUCAUUGGCGGUAGCAUAAUUGAGCGGGAUGACAGCAAUAUGUUGUACAACACGUGCACUAUCUGGGCGCCCAAUGGCCAGCUAAUUGGCAGACAUCGGAAGCUGCAUCUCUUUAAUAUGAACAUCGAAGCGGAACAGCUCGGCGGUGUGCAGUUCGAUGAGGGUGAGGCAUUGACCGCAGGCAACGAGCUGACUGUGGUGCAAAUCGGAGCGCAAAAAGUCGGCAUCGGCAUCUGCCACGACAAGCGGUUCGAGGAGCUGGCGCGUCUCUAUCGCAUUAUGGGGUGCUCCAUGAUUGUCUAUCCUUCGGCUUUCUGCAUCUGCCAGGGCCCCAUGCACUGGGAGCUUUUGCAGCGAGCCCGUGCGAUGGAUAAUCAACUGUUUGUGGUCACCUGCGCUCCCGCCCGUAACAACAUGUCCGGCUAUGUGGCAUACGGACACUCGAUGAUUGUAGAUCCCUGGGCUAGAGUGCUGCGCGAGGCGGGCCAGGGACAUGAACUGAUUGUAGAAACAAUUGAUUUCGACACGGUGGUUGAAGUGCGUCGCCAGAUUCCCAUCUACAAGCAGCGGCGCACUGAUAUAUACGAGCAAGCCAGAGCGAAUAUUUAAAAACUGGGAAGCGUCUUGAAAAUGUGAGCAACUCUAUAUGAUUAUGCUCAU